GAGAUGUAAAGUGUAAACACAUACUUUGGAAAGUCUUGAGCGUAUUAUGCAGAUUGAAAUUUGAGAAGAUUAAUCUAAAGACAAUAAACAGUAAUAACUUUGAGUCAUUCUGCGCUGUAUAAUUGGAAUUGAAAACCUAUAUAGUUAACCACUCAGUGACAGAAAAAGGAAAAUUUGAACAAUAUAUGUUGCCUCUGUAUAAAAAGACAAAGGAAGGAAGGACAUGAUUCCCGAUUCAUGAUCCUUCACUAUAUACGUAAUCUCUUCAGAUUAAAAAAAUGGAAGGUACUGCUGCUAAUUGGCAUUUGCGCUCUUGCUUCCAGAAUAAGCGUUCUGCUGCAAAGUUUGUAUCCCUCUGUAACGCAGCUGACGGAGCUGCACAAGUGUCCAGCGUGUUAUGGGGUUUCCGCGUGCCGUAACAUUCACGAGAUCGAUCUCUCGUGGAACGAGGUCAACGCUAUAAUCUUCCACUUGUUUGGCGUUAAAAAUGUAUUCUUCGGAACGUAUAAUCAAAGCAAGGUGGUGCUGAAGAAGCUGGCACACUCUUCCGAGUUAAAUGCGCUUGACGUUACGUUGUGCAACACGCUCCAUUUGGGACAUCCCUGCUCGAUCCUUGGUCCAUUAGACGGAUAUACGGCAGAUUUUUACCAUCUUUUAAGAAGAACGAUCACUUCUGAUUUUUCCAAGGACGAUACGAGUCGCUUGCGGCUCUGUCCAACGUUAGAGCAUUUAGACGAUCUGUUUUAUGAUGUUCACCUUAACAAUAAGUACAUCAACCCCACACAAUAUCUAAUUAAUCUCUGGACAUUGGUGUCCAUAAAUCCAGAGCCACUGGUCCUACAGAUAUUACCUGCCGAAAGUGGAUGGCCUGUGCCAAAAUAUUUUGGAGCAUGCGGUCGAAUCAUCAUCGAAGAAUAUAUCGGGUUACCGCUUUCUGAUUGUUACGACAAAUCUUGGAUUCAAAGAGCAAAGAUAGCUUCGAGCCUUUUAAAUGCCGCUUAUAUGUUUACUUUCAAAAACGAAAAAUUCGGUUUUUAUUUAACGGAUAUAUCGGCUGAUAAUAUUGCCGUUGAUCGUGAAGACGUGGCAAAAUUUAUCGAUUUGGAGAAUAUUAUUGUUGUUGACAAAAAUAUUUCUCGAGAAGAUGAAUCAAAGGAAUGGCAGAAGAUACACGAGAACACGUUGCAUCUUGAUUGUCCCAACUGUUUUGCAUUUUCUGCUGAGGAUAUUUGCAAUCAUCAUCUAAGUGAUCACAAUUACUAUGCGAUUUGUCAGCUUUUAUUGAAUUCAGGAAAUGAAAACGCAUUUCCCGGUGGAUUUCUUCACGGUGUACCUAUUAAUAUUGAACAGCAAUAUCCAGAUAUUGAGCAUUUGUUGCGACAAUGUGCCGUUCCCGAUUCUACUAAUUCCAGAAUAUUUUUUGGGCAGCGCCUUAAGACGCUGUUGGAUACAAUUUUAAGAGAAUUACCUCAAGACGAAUACAACACAUAGUAGCUUAAGUUAUAAGAAUAUUAUGAAAACUCUUUUAGUAUUAUUCUGUUGAACAUUUCAGAUGUGUAUCUUCCUCUUUCUUUUAUAAUCUUUUUCAAAGAAUACCUCAUACAUUUUUUAUACUAUCUGUAAUUUACUAUUAGAUUCCGACUACUCUAUCAGUAACGUUAACACAAUUUUGUAUAAAACAUAGUAUAUAAUCUUAAGUAUUAAUAAAUAUUAAUAAA